UGCUUUAGAUAGAGCAGCUCGCUGGAGGAAGCGUGAUCGGUGUGAGGAAUCUAAGGAGUGUGAGCUGCGUGAAAACACACAGUCCUGCAAGGCAUCCCGUCCAAGUGCUGAGGUCACGCGGUACGCCAGCUGCCAUGGACUUCCUGAGGACCACGUCAGCCCCCGGGACGCAAAGAGUCACCGUGUCCAGGGCCGCAGUGAACCUCACCGUGACGGAGAACGUGACGGGCGCAGACGGUUGCGAGGGCGAACGCGCCGACUUCCAGUACGUGCUGCUGCCCGUGGUCUACAGCGUGGUCUUUGUGCUCGCCAUGGCGGGCAACGUGACGGCGCUGGUGCACUUUGUGCGCUCCCGCUCCGCCGGCCAACCCUCGCACAUCUUCCUGGUGAACCUGUGCGCCAUCGACCUGCUCUUCGCGCUCACGCUGCCCUUCAACGUCGUGUACCACGCCGGGCGCAACCACUGGCCCUUCGGGGAAGUCAUGUGCAAGGCCAACGGCGCGCUCUUCUUCGGCAACCUCUACGGCAGCUCCCUCUUCCUCAUGCUCAUCUCGCUGGACCGCUACCUGGCCGUCUCGCACCCGAUGCGGGCCCUGCGGCUGCGCCAGCCCAAGUACCGCGUCCUGCUCUCCUGCCUGGUGUGGCUCAUCCUGCUCUCCAUCAUCUUGUACCUGACGGCGAGGGCUCCCAUGACUCGGCGCUUCCCGUCCACGGGCCACAUGGCCUGCAUGGAGAACUUCUCCUCGGGUUCGUGGCGCGGCCGUCUCUCCGCCGUGAGCCUGCUGUCGGCGGCGCUGGGCUUCUUCCUGCCGCUGCUCGUCAUCGCCACCUGCUACCCGCUCAUCGCGUGCCGGCUGCUGGAGCGCCCGUGCGCGGAGGACGGCCCCGGGGCUGAGGGCGACGCCCUUUCCGGCUCCCGCCGGAUGCGCCGGAGGGCUCUGCGCAUGGUGCUGCUGGUGCUCGGGGUCUUCCUGCUGUGCUUCACGCCGUACCACCUGAACCAGCUGCUGCACACGCUGGGCCGCAUGGGCGCCCUCCCCCGCUGCCCCGUCAUCCGCUUCACGUACCCGGCGCGCCGCGUCGCCAUGGCGCUCUGCAGCCUCAACUCGUGCCUCGACCCCCUCGUGUACUGCCUGGCGUCCGAGAGCUUCCGCUGGGAGCGGCUGUGGGGCAGCUGCGGGUGCAGCCGCCUGGGGAAGCACCUGCGACACGUGCUGCGCCGCAAUUAAGGUACCCGGGUGGUGGUGGUGGCGGCGAUGGUUUGGGGUUGGUGGUCUGCGGGGCACCAGGACAUCUGCAAGGCCUGGAUGAGAGCAGGGUCCUCGAACCCAACCGGCGCUUCGUGUCCUAAAGGCCAGCAGACGCAGCUCCAAGACCCAAAGUCCCUCAGAACCCGGACCUGUAAUGUA